UUUUGUGUUUUUCCCAAUGGAAAGAAAGAAUGAGGAGAAAAAAAAGAAGAAAAGAAUUAAAAAAAGUGUGGCAUGUGACUUUUUUAGGGCUUCAAAAAUCUUACAAAACCUACACAACAAAACACACACACACAACUCUCUCUCUCACUAACACGCAAACACUUUCUAUUAUUCUCUCUCCAAUAAUCACAAACCAUAAUCGGUAGAUAGGCACCCACCUCUCAUUCUUUCGCUUUCCGUGAGAGGAGAAAAAAAAAAGGCAAGUAGUAUGUUGAUCUUGAUCAAGGAUCUGUUUCAACAACACUAGUAUCUGUAGUGCGUGUUGUGUGUGUUUGUGGGUGUGGGGGUCUCUUCCUCUGCCUUAGUUGUGGUGUUUUUGCGUACCUCCACUCCGAAAUUCUCUCUCUGUGUCUGUGUGUGUGUGUUUUUCUCUCUCUUGUGGUCUGCCAUUAGUACUGGCAUGGGAAGCUCACAAGUCCCUCUCUCAGAGAAACUUUAUUCAUGAAAAAAGCCAAAGCGACAGCAGCAGUAAGUAGCAGUCGCAUAUGGAGUAGAAGAAGCUGAGCGGAAAUUAAAAGCCCAUCACCACCCCUCUCUCACUCAUCUCUAUCUCACAAUCUUCUUCUGCUCUAAAGAAUAUAUCAGAGACCCCACUUCUUUUCACACACUAACGACUCCCUCAUAGAUUCUUCAAGAUUUGGAAACACAGAUCAAAAGGGACGGAAAGAAAAAUCCAAUCUUGGCCUUGCUUGAUUGGGACGUACACCAAUUUUGUUUUUGUAUCUAUCUGCACAUAUAUAUAUAGCAGAAUUCUGCAGUUGUGGCUACCACUCGGCGGCUACCUUCCGAUUCCAGCGGCGCGUUCGCUGAGUGGGUCGCUUCCUCCUCCUCCGCCGGUGACCUCUCUUUAGGAUUCAAUGCCGGCCCCUCCGCCACCAACUCCGCCGCCGCCGCUGGAGGACUGUGGCCCGCCUCCGCCGCCGCCGCCACCCGCCAUCAACUGCGGCCUCCCCCCUGAAUUUUACUUCGUCGCCCCGGCCUCCUCCUUCCACCACGCGGAGGCCGCCGCCACCGCCGCCACCACGAUCAACUUCGACCCUCACUCCCUCAACGCCUCCAACGCCAUCGGAGUGGGAGUCAUCCCCCUCCUCACGGCCUCCCCUUGCAUCGCCGCAGCAGAUGAAGACGUCAUCAACAGCACCUCACGCAGCCGCGGCGCCGGCAUGCAGCUCUGGCAGCAGCUGCCGGAUCCCUACUUGAAGAAACCCUUGAACAGCAACAUCGAUCACGCCAAUCUCGGUGGCGGUGGAGCCUCCUCAUCCGUCGGCACCACCACAUGUCAAGACUGCGGCAACCAGGCCAAGAAAGACUGCCCGCACCGCCGCUGCCGGACUUGCUGCAAGAGUAGAGGCUACGAUUGCUCCACACACGUCAAGAGCACGUGGGUCCCCGCCGCCCGCCGCCGCGAGCGCCAACUGAUGGGCGGGAACACCGCCACUGCCGGCUCCUCACAGUCCACCUCCGGCACCAAGAAACCCCGCCUCGGCGGCGCCUCGCAAACCACAACCGCUUCCCACACUUCAACCUCCAACACCACCCCACCAAGAAGCUUCGACACCACCUCUAGCCAUCUAGACGCGAGCUUAAAAGAGUCAUUACCAGGGCAAGUGCGUGCCCCCGCGGUGUUCAAGUGUGUGAGAGUAACUGCAGUGGAUGAUGGUGAAGAUGAGUUUGCAUAUCAAGCCGUAGUCAAAAUAGGUGGUCACAUUUUCAAAGGUUUCCUAUACGAUCAAGGGUUUGAAGGGAGAGAAAGCUUUCCCGAUAUAUCGGAAUUGCAUUUGGGCGGCCUCGGCGGCGGCGGCGGCAGAAACGGCGCCGCCCUCGACCCCACCUCGGAUAUGUAUGCCGCCUCCAGCGGCGGAGGGCUGCUUGGAGGUUCCACUUAUGGAAACCAAAUAAAUUGAUUCACUUCACAACAUUGGAAAUUAAUCUUCAUCUUUAGAUGACACCUCUAUUCUCUUGUUGUUGGUAACACUAUCGUUUAUAAUUAUUCAUAUUUCUAGA